AGCAACGCUAUCCAUCAUAUCCUCACACCAUACCUCAUCCCAUACCCUCACAGCUAGAUAGAAGAAUUCCCCAAUAAAGGAGGAGAAAACAAAAGAAAGAAGGAAAAAGAAUGGCCGGAGACGAAUACUCCACCGGCGGAGGCGGCAAGCUCAAACUCAAGUCGAAAGUGCACGACGGCCGAGUAGACAAGAAGAGCAAGAAGAAGAAGCAGAAAGAGAAGAACAAGACGGAGAGUGCGACUGCUACGCCGGAAGGAGUCGAGAGUGACCAGGGGAGGGGGUUGGCAGAAACGACAUCGACAACGAUAGCCACGACGCCGGGCGAGUCGAAGAGUCCUGCUCACGAUGAGGGUGAAAAUGACAAUGGCAAUGCCAACGAGAGCGAGGGCGGCGUGGUUGUUGGGAAGACGGAGACGGAGAGGAAGUAUGAGGAUGCGAGGAGAAAGCGGCUCCAAGAACGCCUAAAGCGCGAAGGGGUCAAAACGCACAAGGAGCGAGUGGAGGAGUUGAACAAGUAUCUGAGCCGACUGAGUGAACAUCACGAUAUGCCGAAAAUCGGACCGGGUUGAUGGUCAAGAAUCAAUCCUCUGGAGGGACGGGCAUUUCAGAUUCAUUUCAAUUUCUUCAACUACCUACCUACUACCUAUCUAUUUAUGUAUGUAUGUAUGUAUGUAUGUUAAACGAGCACGCUGGGAGGUUCACAACUCAAACCCGAUGUGACACUACCUUGCUUCACUUUACUAGUCUGUCCGCCGGUUGGCACAAUGUGAUACGUUUGGGC